UAGGCGGCUUCGCUACGGAGCCGGGCUCGGGCCCAGCGCCCAGGGCUCCCUCGGCUCGGCGGCCACAGCGGGCCCGCAGACGCUUCCGGAAGGGCCGGGAGCCGCGACCUUGAGUCGCCAUGGCGACGCCGGCGGGGCUGGAGCGCUGGGUUCAGGAGGAGCUGCACUCGGUGCUGGGCCUUAGCGAGCGGCACGUCGCGCAGUUCCUCAUUGGCACAGCGCAGCGCUGCGGCUCGGCCGAGGAGUUCGUACAGCGCCUGCGCGACACCGAGACGCUGGACCUCAGCGGGCCGGCCCGGGACUUUGCGCUGCGUCUGUGGAGCAAGGUACCCCGUAAGGUAGUAGCAGAAAAGCCAGCUCGAGCAGCAGAGAGAGAGGCCCGAGCCCUGCUGGAGAAGAACCGAUCUUAUACAUUACUGGAAGACAGUGAGGAGAGCGGUGAGGAAGCUGUAGGCAGGGCUGGGAGCUGCCUCCAGAAGAAGCGUAGAAAACGGAAACACCUCCGGAAGAAACGCCAUGAGGAGGAGGAAGAUGAUGAGGAAGAAGAGGUUUCUGAAACAGGGAAGAAGAAGAUAGGGGGAAGUAAACAGCCAGUGGAUGAAAAGCCCGCCUCUGAGGAUGAGUGGGAACGAUCAGAGCGAGAACGCCUUCAGGACCUGGAGGAACGGGAUGCCUUUGCUGAGAGGGUUCGGCAGCGGGACAAAGAUAGAACACGCAAUGUCCUGGAGCGGUCUGACAAGAAGGCUUAUGAAGAGGCUCAGAAGCGCCUCAAGAUGGCUGAGGAAGACCGGAAAGCCAUGGUUCCUGAGCUACGCAAGAAGUCCCGCCGAGAGUACCUGGCCAAGCGUGAGCGCGAGAAGCUGGAGGACUUGGAGGCUGAGCUGGCUGAUGAGGAGUUCCUCUUUGGGGAUGUAGAGCUGAGCCGCCAUGAACGUCAGGAACUCAAGUACAAGCGGCGAGUACGAGACCUGGCCCGGGAGUACCGUGCUGCUGGCGAGCAGGAGAAGCUGGAGGCUACUAACCGCUACCACAUGCCCAAGGAGACACGAGGACAGCCAGCUCGAGCUGUGGACCUGGUGGAGGAGGAAUCAGGUGCCCCUGGGGAGGAGCAGCGGCGCUGGGAAGAGGCCCGGCUGGGGGCUGCUUCCCUAAAGUUUGGGGCCCGAGAUGCUGCCUCGCAGGAGCCCAAGUACCAGCUGGUAUUGGAGGAGGAUGAGACCAUUGAGUUUGUUCGAGCCACCCAGCUCCAGGGUGAUGAGGAGCCGUCCUCAGUUCCACCCUCAUCUGCUCAGGCCCAGCAGAAGGAGUCCAUCCAGGCUGUCCGUCGUAGCCUGCCAGUGUUCCCCUUCCGGGAGGAACUCCUGGCUGCAAUUGCCAAUCAUCAAGUCCUUAUUAUUGAAGGCGAGACGGGCUCUGGGAAGACCACCCAGAUCCCACAGUACCUCUUUGAGGAGGGUUACACGAAGAAGGGUAUGAAGAUCGCCUGCACUCAGCCCCGGAGAGUGGCAGCCAUGAGUGUGGCUGCCCGAGUAGCCCGGGAGAUGGGUGUGAAGCUAGGGAAUGAGGUUGGCUAUAGCAUCCGCUUUGAGGAUUGCACGUCAGAGCGAACGGUCCUUCGCUACAUGACAGAUGGGAUGCUUCUCCGGGAGUUCCUCUCUGAGCCUGAUCUCGCAAGUUACAGUGUGGUGAUGGUCGAUGAAGCUCAUGAACGGACCCUGCACACAGACAUUCUCUUUGGAUUGAUCAAGGAUGUUGCUCGAUUUCGACCUGAGCUCAAGGUCCUGGUAGCUUCAGCCACACUGGAUACUGCCCGCUUUUCCACCUUCUUUGAUGAUGCCCCUGUCUUUCGCAUCCCUGGACGCAGGUUUCCAGUUGACAUCUUCUACACCAAGGCUCCAGAAGCUGACUACCUGGAAGCUUGUGUUGUAUCUGUGCUGCAGAUCCACGUGACUCAGCCCCCUGGGGAUAUCCUGGUGUUCCUGACAGGACAGGAGGAGAUUGAGGCUGCCUGUGAGAUGCUCCAGGACCGCUGCCGCCGACUGGGUUCCAAAAUCCGGGAGCUCUUGGUGCUACCUAUUUAUGCCAACCUGCCCUCUGACAUGCAGGCUCGUAUCUUCCAGCCCACACCCCCUGGAGCCCGAAAGGUAGUGGUGGCAACAAACAUUGCAGAAACAUCGCUCACCAUUGAGGGUAUUAUUUACGUGCUGGAUCCAGGGUUCUGUAAACAGAAAAGCUACAAUCCCCGCACAGGCAUGGAGUCGCUCACCGUUACCCCCUGCAGCAAGGCCUCAGCCAAUCAGCGGGCUGGCCGGGCAGGCCGGGUAGCUGCAGGGAAGUGCUUCCGCCUGUAUACAGCCUGGGCAUAUCAGCAUGAGCUAGAAGAGACGACAGUUCCUGAGAUCCAGAGGACUAGCCUGGGCAAUGUCGUGCUGCUGCUGAAGAGCUUAGGGAUCCAUGACCUAAUGCACUUUGAUUUCCUGGACCCUCCACCAUAUGAGACCCUGCUGCUGGCUUUGGAGCAGCUGUAUGCUCUGGGAGCCCUCAACCAUCUUGGGGAGCUUACCACGUCUGGUCGCAAGAUGGCAGAGCUGCCUGUGGACCCCAUGCUAUCUAAAAUGAUCUUGGCCUCUGAGAAGUAUAGCUGUUCAGAGGAGAUCCUAACGGUUGCCGCCAUGCUCUCUGUCAACAACUCCAUCUUCUACCGGCCAAAGGACAAAGUUGUCCAUGCUGACAAUGCUCGGGUCAACUUCUUUCUUCCUGGUGGGGACCACCUGGUUCUGCUAAAUGUAUACACACAGUGGUCUGAGAGUGGCUACUCCUCCCAGUGGUGCUAUGAGAACUUUGUACAGUUCAGAUCAAUGCGUCGAGCCCGGGAUGUACGGGAGCAAUUGGAAGGGCUCUUAGAGCGUGUGGAAGUUGGUCUGAGUUCCUGCCAAGGGGACUACAUCCGGGUACGCAAGGCAAUUACUGCUGGUUACUUUUACCACACGGCACGGUUGACACGCAGCGGUUACCGCACAGUGAAGCAGCAGCAGACAGUGUUCAUUCAUCCCAACUCCUCCCUAUUUGAGCAGCAGCCUCGCUGGCUGCUCUAUCAUGAGCUUGUCUUGACCACAAAGGAGUUCAUGAGACAGGUACUGGAGAUUGAGAGCAGUUGGCUUUUGGAAGUGGCUCCCCACUACUAUAAGGCCAAGGAGCUAGAAGAUCCUCACGCGAAGAAAAUGCCCAAAAAAGUAGGCAAGACGCGAGAAGAGUUAGGGUAGAGAAGGGACACAGAACCUGACAGUAGUGCCUCCUUUUCCUUUCACACAUUAUUUAAUAUCUAUUAAAUAAAGUUAUUUUUGGAAUAAAGCUUUGGGAUAUAGACAAA